CAUGUUCUCUGGGUCCGUCUCGGAAGCAAGCAACAUGAGUCUGCAAUGCACCAAGUCAGCAGGACACUGGAAGAUCGUGGUGUGGGACGAAGAGAACUUCCAAGGCCGGCGGCAUGAGUUCACAGCUGAGUGCCCCAGUGUGCUGGAGCUUGGUUUUGAGACUGUGCGAUCUUUGAAAGUGCUGAGUGGAGCAUGGGUGGGGUUUGAGCACGCAGGCUUCCAAGGGCAGCAGUACGUGCUGGAGCGGGGCGAGUACCCGUGCUGGGAUGCUUGGAGUGGCAACACGUCCUACCCCGCCGAGAGGCUCACCUCCUUCCGGCCCGUGGCCUGCGCUAACCACCGUGACUCAAGGCUGACCAUCUUUGAGCAAGAGAACUUCCUGGGCAGAAAAGGAGAGCUGAGCGAUGACUAUCCCUCCCUCCAGGCCAUGGGCUGGGAUGGCAAUGAAGUGGGCUCCUUCCAUGUCCACUCAGGGGCCUGGGUUUGCUCCCAGUUUCCUGGCUACCGCGGUUUUCAGUAUGUGCUGGAGUGUGAUCACCACUCAGGUGACUACAAGCAUUUCCGGGAGUGGGGCUCUCAUGCCCAGACCUUCCAGGUGCAGAGCAUCCGAAGGAUCCAGCAGUGAGCAGGGGGGCCAGCGCUGAGCAGCGAACAUGUGCUUGUCUGGAACCGAGAAGCUGUGGAGGCUGUUAUGUGCUCUCUCCUCUGCCUCCCCCUGUAACCCGUGUGAACCCAGCACUCAUGUGGGCCAGUCCAUGCACAGUCAGCACGAAAAACUAAAAGUAAUAAAAAAAAGGUCUAGUGUUCA